AUGUCCACAGACCUCUUGUACUUUUUUGAGUGUUGCACAGUGUUGUCAGCACUAGAAAUCUGCUAUGGAUUAUCGGCACUACGGAUUAUCGGCACUAAAAGUCUGGUACGGAUUAUCGACACUAAAAGUCUGGUACGGAUUAUCAGCACUAAAAGUCUGGUACGGAUUAUCGGCACUAAAGGCCUGGUACGGAUUAUGGGCACUAAAAGUCUGGUACGGAUUAUCGGCACUAAAAGCCUGGUACGAAUUAUCGGUACUAAAUGUCUGGUACGGAUUAUCGGCGCUAAAAGUCUGAUACGGAUUAUCGGCACUAAAAGCCUGGUACGGAUUAUCGGAACUAAAAGUCUGGUACGGAUUAUCGGCACUAAAAGCCUGGUACGAAUUAUCGGUACUAAAUGUCUGGUACGGAUUAUCGGCGCUGAAAGUCUGGUACGGAUUAUCGGCAAAGGAG